AUGGGGCUGUCACCCGCUGGAACGGGUCACCACCGACGGCGGAGUUCGAUGUUGACGGGCGCCAGUCGCUCAAUGCAUCCAGGCUCCGCGGAAAGGAGAGAUGAAAGUUUGCGGCCCCAUGGAGAUGGGGUCGCCAGUAAAUUGGAUGAACAGGAGCACUUGAUGGCCGAGGACACAGACACCUCGGAAGUGUCUGCGUCCGCGUUGGAAAAUCAGGAGCUGGACGAGAUCAGUUCAGACGACGACCAAUACGAUGAGGAGACGGGUCUCACAGCAAGUCAGAAACGCCAGAGACGACGGCGGCGUCGCCAGCGUCGCAAGCUGGAUGCUCGGAUCGCCGACGUAAAGUCGUCUCGGUUCGGCCUGCCGUCUCUAGGACUGACGGAUCGAACCAUUGCUCGAAGACUGUUCGCCAACGCCGGUCUCAUCUUGCUGUGGUACUUCUUCUCCUUGUCGAUCUCUAUUUAUAACAAAUGGAUGUUCUCCGAAAAUGACAUUGUCUUCCCCUUCCCUCUCUUCACCACCAGCCUCCACAUGCUGGUCCAAUUCACGUUUGCCGCUCUUUUACUAUGGAUUUUCCCCUCUCUUAGGCCACGCGCCCCCCCAACGCCACUCUCGGCUUCACCCACAGAAGCUUCCAAGCCAUCCGAGUCGCUAGUCUCGAAGUCGUUUUAUCUGACUCGCCUCGUUCCGUGCGGUGCAGCCACUUCGCUGGAUAUUGGCCUUGGCAAUAUGUCCCUACGAUUCAUCUCUCUUACUUUCCUGACCAUGUGCAAAUCAUCCGCACUCGCUUUCGUUCUUCUCUUUGCUUUCCUUUUCCGUUUAGAAUCCCCCUCAUUCAAGCUGAUUCUGAUCAUCGCCGCGAUGACUGUUGGCGUAGUGAUGAUGGUGGCUGGCGAGACCGCAUUCAAUGCGCUCGGGUUUGGUCUUGUCAUCGCCUCGGCCUUCUUUUCGGGCUUUCGCUGGGGACUCACCCAAAUCCUUCUGCUCCGCCAUCCCGCAACAUCCAACCCGUUUUCGACUCUGUUUCUUCUUACACCUAUCAUGUUCGUGUCCCUAUUGUGUAUAUCUCUCGCAGUGGAGGGGCCCACCAACAUUCAUUACGGCUACCUUGCCCUUGCUGAACAGCGGGGAUCGGUUUUUGGGGCCUGUCUUUUGGUCUUCCCUGGAUUCCUCGCCUUUUGCAUGAUCUCCUCUGAAUUUGCUCUCCUGAAGCGGUCGUCUGUGGUCACUUUGAGCAUUUGCGGAAUCUUUAAGGAGGUUGUAACAAUCAGCGCGGCCGGCGUCAUUUUCCAUGACCAACUCACAGUGGUCAAUAUUACCGGUUUGGUUGUCACCAUUGCAAGUAUAGGAUGCUAUAACUACAUGAAGAUCUCCAAGAUGCGCAACGAAGCCAACCCUGACGAGUGGGAUCGUGAGGACAUGCCAGAUUCUGACUCGGACGAGGUGAGCGGUACUGAAUAUGGGGGCCGCCGUGACGUGGUCGACUCCGAGACCGGUGCCCUACUUCCUGCGAAUGCUGUCCGCCAUGACGACGAUCUGCCACUCGAGUCUGCCGGUGGUGAACGCCACUCAUUUCGUGUGCGAGCCAGUGGUGCAAUGCCCACUCUGUCCGUUUCGACCACCAUUCCGGAGGGUGGCUCUGGUCCAACGCCGAAGGUGUCAGCUACUCCACCAAUCUCGUCUCCGACGGAUACUGCCUUCCCGGGCCAUAUGCAUCCGUCCAUCGCGGAAGCCUCACCAAACCUGGACACAGUCGCCUCGUUCCCACAACCAAAAACUUCGGAUCCCUUCCAUACCUAG